AUGUUACGCUCCCAAGGAAACAAACUGUGUGCAGCUCCGUUCGACGGCCCCCACAAAGAUGUCGCUCACGCGUUCUUUUCCACCGAAGAACCCAAUUACAUCUGGGAGGUGCACGUUGACAAAUCGGAGACGUGGCACAUACAGCUGAAUAAGAAUCCCCCGGGAAGUCUAGAGGACGUUCUUUCCAUUCAACACCUGUACGGCGCUAAAGAAAACGCUAAAUUUCCAAAACUAGCAACGACGACGACAGCGACUACGAAAGACGUCGAGACGGAUCUGUGCACCUUGCGAAACGUAGAUACCGUACUGAUAAUGAACGGUCGAUUGUAUAUCUCGCACAAACGAUACAUGUGGUCGAUCGAUAUAGACGGGAAAACGUACAAGAAACCCUUGCUAUUGACGGACUACAUGAAAUUUCUUCCUAAGAAUUUCACGCGUUUGACGGCCGCGUAUCAGGCGCCCUCGGGCAAUAUCGUGCUGUUCGCUGGCAAUAUGAGCUAUAUGAUCACUUAUCCGCGUGUAAAGCUAGUUUCAACUUGGCCGAGAUCUCACACAGAUCUCGGACUUCUCGAUACGAACGCAAAGAUCAACGCCAUGCUGAACACGAACGAAGGACGAUCUUAUAUCAUAUACAACGAUAAUGUUGUGGGCGAGAUAGACGAUUGUUCGAUGACUAUUGUUAAGUUCUACCACAUUGACAUAAUAUUUCCGGGAAUACCUCACAGCGUAUCGUCGGCUUUUCGAUACAUCGACGGUAAUCUGUACUUUAUCAGUAAAAACCGAUUCUACAGAUUCAACGAAUUUACGAAAACCGUAACGGCAUUCGGCAAUUUGAUCUGGAGAUCAUCGCGUCAAUCCGACGACGAUUUCGAGAACAGUGUCGGUAGCGUGAAAAGAAGAAGAACAGUCGACGAGCAAUCGACGGAAUUAGAGACUCCGUUUCCGAAUCGGGGCAACGUUGACUCCCGGAAAAACACGUGUCACGAUGACGGUAUUUUGAAAAGCGACGUUGAACGUCAUCCGGUGUGA